AUGCCAUACACCGGCGCCGGAUGCAACUUAGUGUCCGCGUCGCUGGCUUCACGGCUCGGUCAUGUCAUUUCGACAGGAAGCCAAGACGCAGGCGGCUCAGAGCGAAUUCAGAUGGCCAACAGCAAGUUUAUGAAGACUCUCGGUUCAUUUGAAGCCGUCUGGAGGUUCGCAGACAGCCCGGAUCGGGGCUGGACGAUCUCGGUCCACGUUCUCGAGGAUUGCGUCUACGAUCUCGUCCUGGGCUCCGACUUCCUCAGGACCUCGGAGACGAUGCGCAAACACCCGCAGCGUCUCGAGCUAGUUCAACGUUCGCCACGGACCAUGGACCGGCAGCCUGUGCUCUCCAUCAAUAGCCUAGGACCGGUCCGCCAGCACAUCGUGGGCUAUUUCGGCGGCAACAGGGUGGAGGCGCUGUCGGAUUCGGGCUCCGAGUCCAACCUCGUUUCCUUUGAGUACGUCGCCAGGCGAGGCCUGUAUCAAUCCGUGGAUCACACCAAUACCCGCGUGGUUCAGUUUGCUGACGGCACCACGCGGCGUACCAUGGGCUCGAUGACGGCGAGGUGGGAGUAUGAUUCAGAGGGCCGCAGAGAAGCAAAGUCGAAAGAAGGCGAAGAAGAGGGCUUUGAAGUCGAGUUUCAUGUUCUUCACGGGUGCACGUACGACGUCAUCGUCGGCUACGAUCUUCUCCAAGAAACGCGCGCGUUUGCGAUCCAUGAGGAUGCCUUUGUGGAUGUUGAACCUCAUUCUCACACAUCCGGGCUCAACUUGGUAACGUGGCUUCCGAGCACACGCAGAGAGCCGAACUACAAGGGCAGAGAAGAGAUACAAGCCGCUGCUUCCAUUGAGAUUCAGGAACAAGAGGGCCAGCAGCAAGCUCAGGCGACGUCUCUGGGUACCGAGAUGCAGUCAGUCGGUCCGUCGGAACCGAGGCGAUCGCCGGCAGCAGCGAGCUUGCCGACGCACGCGGUUUCUCACUUCAACUACAGUAGCAGUAGCAGCAGCACCUCUGAAGACCGAGCUCAGCUUAUCAGAGCCGAGCUCGAGCGUCGAACAGUCAUGGACCGGAAGCUAGCGCGGAUGCCGCAAGGCCCCGACAAGGAGUCAGCUUCGGCGGUAGAGAGAGAGCAUCGUCGUCAAUUCGAAGCCAUAUGGUUGCCGCUCGCCAAAUGGGACAGCGACUUAGACGACGGCGACGGUCUGGGAACGGGUAGGGACGGAUCAAAUACCACGACCGCCGUCCGCGUGCCAGCGAUCGGUAGGGAGUCUCCUAUCCGGAGGUGGCGGUUGAGAGUGGAUAACAGCUCGCGAGACGGUUGCAGGGCAGCAGAGGAGAUGGAAUUUGAUAUCACGAAUAUGGGGCGGCGGUGUUGA